AUGGAAUCAAUGACGCCAAUCUCGUGCCCUACGACUCCUCGUUGGAACCAAGACAGGCCCUUCCUCACUGGCCGCUUCCACCAGGAAACGAGGGCAAGCUCCAAGUUAGCUGAUUCUAAGCGGUUUCCUAUAGACUCGUCUAGCAAUUCUGGAGUAGAGCAGGCAAUUGGCUGCUAUGACACACCGGUUCAGGAACUUAUUGUCAUUGAUGAUCUCUUAUCUGCUUUGGUUGGAAUUGAAGGGAGAUAUAUAUCAAUUAAAAGAUUCCAUGGGAAGGAGGAUAGUAUAGCUUUCCAAGUUGAUCCAUCAAUGGAUUUGGCAUUGCAGGAAUUGGCAAAAAGAAUAUUCCCGUUGUGUGAAUGUUUUCUGCUGAUUGACCAAUUUGUGGAGUCAAGCUCGCAGUUCAAGAACGGGCUAGUUAACCAUGCAUUCGCAGCUGCACUCAGAGCACUCCUCCUUGACUAUCAAGCCAUGGUGGCACAAUUAGAACAUCAAUUUCGACUUGGAAGACUUUCUAUCCAAGGAUUAUGGUUUUACUGUCAGCCCAUGAUGGGAUCCAUGCGCGCAUUGGCUGCAGUAGUUCAGCAGGCUUCGGCGAAGCAUUUCGUGGGUUCUGGUGUGCUUAAUCUCUUGCAGAGUCAGGCUAAAGCGAUGGCUGGUGAUAAUUCAGUGAGAUCAUUGUUAGAGAAAAUGACCGAGUGUGCAAGCAAUGCAUACCUGAGCAUAUUGGAAAGGUGGGUCUAUGAAGGGAUCAUUGAUGAUCCGUAUGGGGAGUUUUUCAUUGCUGAGAACAGGUCUCUUAAAAAGGAGAGCCUCAGUCAGGACUCUACGGCUAAAUAUUGGAGCCAAAGAUACAGUCUCAAGGAUACUAUUCCUGGCUUUCUUGCAAACAUUGCUCCAACAAUAUUGACCACAGGGAAAUAUCUAAACGUUAUGAGAGAAUGUGGGCACAAUGUCCAGGUUCCCAUCUCAGAGAGGUCUAAGUUAACAAUAUUUGGUUCAAAUCAUCAUUAUCUUGAAUGCAUAAAAGCUGCUCACGAAUUUGCUAGUAUAGAGCUUGUGAGUCUCAUCAAAGACAAGUAUGACCUCAUUGGAAGGCUUAGAUCUAUAAAGCACUAUCUUCUUCUGGACCAGGGUGAUUUCUUGGUUCAUUUUAUGGACAUUGCUCGAGAGGAGCUCAACAAAAAAGUGCAGGAAAUCUCUGUUGAAAAGUUGCAGUCUUUGCUAGAUCUUGCUCUACGUACCACAGCAGCUGCAGCAGAUCCUCGCCAUGAGGACUUGACUUGUUGUGUGGAUCGAGCUUCAUUGCUUACGACUUUGGGAAUGCACAAGGACGCUGAUAGCAAUAGUAUAGAGGACCCAGUGAGCAUCACUGGUCUAGAGACAUUUUCCUUGAGCUACAAGGUGCAAUGGCCACUAUCUAUUGUCAUAUCAAAGAAAGCCCUGUCGAAGUACCAGUUAAUUUUCCGCUUUCUUUUUAAUUGCAAACAUGUGGAACGCCAGCUUUGCGUUGCUUGGCAGAUACAUCAAGGGAUUCGGUCUAUGAACUCAAAUGGUACAGCAAUUCGUAGAUCAUCGCUUCUCUGCCGUAGCAUGCUUAAAUUCAUCAGUAGCCUUCUACAUUAUCUUACAUUUGAGGUUCUCGAACCAAAUUGGCAUGUGAUGCACGAUAGACUACAAUCCACUAGGAGUGUAGAUGAAGUGAUACAGCAUCACGACUUCUUUCUUGAUAAAUGUCUGAGAGGAUGCUUGCUUCUUUUACCUGAUGUCCUCAAGAAAAUGGAGAAGUUGAAAUCAGUGUGCCUGCAAUAUGCGGCAGCCACACAGUGGUUAAUAUCAUCGUCAAUCGACAUCAAUAGCCAGUCUCAUCCGCAGAAGACAAUGAUAAGAGACGCAACAGUGACAGAGUCUAUAUUCAAUUUUGAGAGGGAAUUCAACUCAGAGUUGCAGAGCUUAGGACCAGUCUUGAGCAAAGGCUCCCAGGCUGAGCCAUACUUGACUCAUCUGUCCCAGUGGAUCCUUGGUGUUUCGAAAGAAUGA